CCAAGCCAAGCCAGGAAGGUCACCCACUCCAUUUCCUUUCUAUUUUGCCCAGAUGUUAUAAAAGACCCUGCUGGAGCCCACAGGCUUCGAGGCUGGUUCUCAGAAGGCUACGGCGCUCGAAGGGACUGGGGGGUCCAGCUGGAUCUCUGCCCCCCAGCCCUCGGCCCCACACACCUGCUGGCAGGGACAGAGGCCGCUGAUCCCUGACAUCCCUGCAGGACAGGGGAGUCAUGGCUGGGCCCGGCCACCACAGCUAUGUCCGUGAAUUCACCCGGCACUCCAGCGACGUCCUGAUGAACCUGAACGAGCUGCGCAAGCGACAGAUCCUGACGGAUGUCACCUUGAGGGUGGGAGGCUGCCCCUUGCAGGCCCACAAGGCUGUCCUGACUGCUUGCAGUGGCUUUUUUUAUUCCAUCUUCCUGGGCCAGGGAGGCCACCAAGUCAGUGUCCUGACCUUGCCCAGCUCCAUCGAGCCGGUGGGCUUCCAGGCCCUCCUGGACUUCAUGUACACGUCCCGCCUGCUGCUCAGCCCGGGCACGGCCCCCGCGGUCCUGGUGGCCGCCUCGUACCUGCAGAUGGAGCGCGUGGUGGAGAGCUGCCACCGGUUCAUCCAGGCCAGAGGGGAAGGGAGCAAAGGUCACUCGGGAGCACUUUCGGGGGGGGGGAUGGAGAGGACGCUGGGCCUUCUGCCCUCCAACCCUCCCCUGUGUCUUCCCUGCAGCUACGACCGGGUGACGUUCCUGUGGCCCUCUCCGGUGCCCCAUGCCCUCUGCCGGACAUUCCGGCCCCUGGAAGAGGAGCAGCCACAGCGACUGCAGCAACACCGGGGGCGCUCCAUCCCGGCCCCUUUUCCCCGAGGGGGGCAAGACACUGCCUCCGAAGGGGCCUCGCCUCCUGGAUCCUCCUGCACACAAGAGAAGGAUGCAGGGCCUGUCGGGUCCCCUGGGGCCGGAGAUCAGUUCCCGCCAGGCCACCCGGCCUCUCCCUGCGAGUCAAGCGGCUGCGCCCCGGCCCUGGGCCCCAAGGCUUGCCACUGGAAGAAGUACCGGUUCAUCACCCUCAACUCCACAUUGCACCAGGGGCGGCCGGACAGCCUGGCUGGCCACGUGGGGGGGUCCAGCCGCUCCGAAGAAGGAUGCCCUGUUCCUAGGAGGCCUCCUGCUGCACACCGAUGCUCCAUUUGCAACCAGGCGCCCUCCUUGGUCUCUUCUCAGCCCCCCAAGGAGAGGGGAGAGGGCUGCAGCCCUGGCAGUGGAUCCUCCAGCUGCAAGGCCUGUCAUCUGCAGUAUCUCCGGGAAGAGGAGGAGGAGGAGGAGCAGGAGCAGGGGAGCCCAGCCGCUGCCCCGGCUGCAGAGGAGAAACCCUACAAAUGCCAUUUCUGCGGCUCUGCUUUCCGUUACAAAGGGAAUCUUGCUAGCCAUCGAUCCCUGCACACAGAACGGCAGCCCUGCACAUCUAGGCGGUCCGAGGAAGGGGUGCACGGAGCAAAGGGGCCAAUCUAUGGGUCUGGUGCUCCGGACCUGGGCGUGGCCUCACCCUACGAUCCCUUCCCACAAUCAGGAGAGAAGCCAUACCACUGCGGGAUCUGCGGGGCCCAGUUUAACCGGCCGGCUAAUCUCAAGACGCACUUGCGCAUUCACUCAGGAGAGAAACCGUACAAGUGUGAGACGUGUGGCUCUUGCUUCGUGCAGGUCGCCCACCUCCGAGCCCACGUCCUGAUCCACACGGGGGAGAAGCCGUACCCAUGUGGCACCUGUGGGACACGCUUCCGACACUUGCAAACUCUCAAGAGCCACCUUCGCAUCCACACCGGGGAAAAGCCUUACCAUUGCGAAAAAUGCAGCGUGCGCUUCCGCCACAAGAGUCAGCUACGCCUUCACCUGCGGCAGAAACACGGCGCCAUCACCAACACCAAGAUCCGCUACCAAGUGCUGGAUGGCCCGUACGCCACCCUCUGCUGAGACCGGAGGCCGUUUCGUCCCCAAGGGCCAACGUCCGGGCCAGGAAGAGGCCAGGCGCUCCGUCUUUCAUCAGCGGAGAAGCUGGCCUUUGGAUCUCCAUUUUCAGUGUUCCACCUUUGCAAGAUCGGGUGCCCCGCGGGGGCGCUUUCGUUUCGCUUUUGGGCCAUUGCUCGGGUCAACGGCAUUUGGACUUUGGCCGGGUCUACAUUCAAAAUCUUGGCAUUUCAGCUAGGUGGGAAGGUUUGUACUGAAAUAGGAGGCCUGUUUGGUUCUACACUUCCAGAAGGUGGGAAGGGGGGGCAAAGAGUCGGGGAGGCCGAAAGACCCUGUUGGCCUUACUUGUGAAAUAGCAGCUCCCCCACUCAGCCGAGCACUUUGCCCUAAUCUUGUUCUUCCCAGCUGGAACCACAAUUCCCAUCAUCCCAUUGCUGGCUGGGGGGAUGAUGGGAAUCACAGCCUAACAUUGCUGUCCUGGAAUUACCGCCCCCCCCCCCCCGGCCUUACUUCCCACUUUGGAGACAAGGGGGGGGCUUUGAAUGAUGCCCAAUUCUGCAGGCAGAGCUAAAAACUCAGAUUUAUAUUUUCACUUUUUGGUUUGUUCAGUUUCAGGAGCUUGUUUUGCU